AUGUGCUGCAUGGCCGCGUACGCGUUUUUUUCGCACAUGCGCAUGGUUUGUCUAGGGUGCCAGCCACAACAGAAUUUGAUUGGCUCGCUUGCGUUGUCCAGUGCCUACUUGCCACCCAAAGCGACGACCUCCACGUCAUGCAACGAGUGGUCGCGAACCUCGGUGGGCCAGCAAAAUGGACCACGACCAAUGGUCGUGUGCGGCGUUGAGAACAAAAUGCGCAAGUGCGACACGUUGCGUGUGAAACAAAGAUUGCAGGGACGGGGUAUACAUUAUGGCCACAAUUACGUACAGAAUGCAAUAGAAAGAACCAGGGCCGAAAGAGAUGGCAUCAUACGUGACAAUAUCCCGCGUACCUAG